AUGUCCGACUCGCCUCCCCAACUUCACGCCGGAGAGGAGCCGCAGUCGGUCCCGGGGCAAGGCUCCGUGCAGGAGGCGGCCAGGAGCGCAGAGCAGCCCUGGGAGAACGGUCAGGAGGGAGAUGAGGAAGAUGAGGAGGAUGAUGUUCUGGAGGACGAGCUAGACUCGUCUCAGCUGCAAAAAGCCAUGAGAGACAGGAGGAGAGCCAAGUCUCUGCCCGCCUACCCGCGGCAGGCGGCGCUCUUCGGGGGCAUCUCCGGCAACGAGGGCAGGAAGCGGGUGAAGUUCGCCGACACCAUGGGCAUGACCCUGACCAGCGUCAAACACUUCAGCGCCCUGGAGGAGCCGCAGAUCCCGAGCAAGGUGCUGUCCAGGCUGCGCAGCUUCCCGCCGCAGCCGCAGGAGCUGCUCAACGAGCUGUGCACGGACUUCCGGGCCGGGCUGAGCAUGGACCGGCUGGUCGCCUGCUUCCCGGAGCCCGGAGCGGAGCGCGACCUGGCGGAGAGAGUCCGCCGGCUCCGCGUCUGCCUGGAGAAGUUAACCAUCACUCAGCUGGACGUGCGGGGCCAGAUCCGGGUCCUCACCGACUGCCCCAACAAGGAGGUCGGGUUGAGGUACACCUUCAACGACUGGCUCUCCCACGUGGACGCGCAGGCUCUGCCCGUGGCCGCGGAUCACCACUCGAGCGUGGUCGGGGAGCGCUACAGCUUCAUCAUGUACACGCCGCCCUUUCUGGACCCCUCCUCCUCCGUUCACUUCGCCGUUUACCUGAGAACUGACGACGGGGAGUUCUGGGACAACAACUCGGGGCAGAACUACACCCUGCGGUACUCCUGCAUGCCCAGCGACGCGCCGUUCACCAGCGCCGGUUUCCACGCCACCUGAAACCCUGCGUGCGUCGUGCGUAAAAGCUCUCCAACAACCGUGCGUAAGAAAAACA